AUGGUCGAAACCACCAACAAUCAUGAGGUCGUAAUGGCCAGCAACUCAACUCCCGAUGCACCGACUCCAGAAUGCCUCAAGGCAAUCUCUAUCCUCAUCAAACUUCCCGCGGAGCUCCGAGCCCUAGUUUUGGACGCUGAUAUCACAGGACACAUCAGCUCUUCUUACCAAACCGUCCGAUCUCCCCUCUGCAUCGUACUCGCACAACUAUCGACAUCCACAAACAAAAGCCAUCAAAUCCUGUCUCAGCAAUGUGUCGCUGCUUGGGAGGAAAAAGAGCGCAAGACAUUUCGCAUCACCGACCAGUCAUGUGCUUCUGCUUUGAAUGAGAAGACCAGAAAAGACCGCCUCGCUAUCAAGCACCUCGUAUUUGAUCUAGAAGAUGCCCACGGCCUGGCCGCUCGUGACAGACAGGAAGAAGAGCAUUGUAAAUCCUUGGUAUGCCUACGAGGACAUAAAGUUACUCUGAGCAAUCAUCUCAAAACUAUCUGUUUCCGAGCUACAGUGGCUUUUUUGAAGCUUGGUUUUUCAGUAACUGGUCAUGAUAUUGUCCCAUUUUCUGAUCUGCAGUCCUGGCUACAGAAUCUUGUGCCGGCUGCUGGACGGGCAUUGGAGCAGGUGGUAAUUGAAAUACCUGCACUGGGUCAUCGAAAUAAUGUUCUUGAGCCACAAAUUCUGGUUCGAAGGACAAAGUGA